UUCGUGAUAAGUACAAUGACGACCGAGAAACAGCGUCAAAGAUUAGAAAAAAAAAAAAAAAAAGCUGCCGCUUUUUUAGAGAUCGCAAAACUCAAUGAUAAGGAUAAAGCCAAAGCUCUGGAGCUUAAAAAAUCUGCCGAGUCGUGUAAUUCAAACAAUGAAGAAGAAAUGUCUGCUCAGAGUCCAAGAAGAAAACGAACUUGCAGUGAAUCCCUGGAUGAAAAAACUUGCGAAAUUACCAGCGAAGAAAAUUCCAACGGUCAACAAGAUGCAGACCCUCAAGUUAACAAGAAGCCUCGUUUGAUUGGCGAAGAAUACCAGAAACUGAAGCAGCAGUUACGAGAGCGAAAAAAGCUUUUGACAUCAAAACCACGUUUUCGUCUGAAAGCCGCCGGCGAAAGUGCAAGUCUGACUGUAAACAUUGAUCCCAGAGAUCGUAUUCCCAUUUUCCUCUCAGACAUCCAGCAUCUUCUGAUGUAUUCUUUGGUCGGCAAUGGGUCGCCGUAUUUACCAUCCAGAUGGUGCCAUUUAGAAAAAUACAACAAACUUUCGCACACUGUCGUAUUUGUCGUCGAGGGUCUCACUAUGUAUCACUUCAGCUCAUACGAGUCGCUGUUUCCCAGCAUAAAAAAUCUUCUAGAGCAUCGUCUGGAAGUGGUGACCCCGGCGACAAUAGACGGGUCAGUAGUCGAGCAAAUAGCAGCCGUUCCAUUGACAUCCUCAGAGCGUAAAAAGUUGAUAGACAAGUACGGAUCUCUUCCAGCGGCAGAGAAAAAGACCGGAGACAUCGUCAAGUUACUCAGAUACGUCUUUCCCAUGCAGCAGCUCGCAAAGCAAAAUGAUUCUGUUCCAAUUGAUCCUUGUCCUGAGUUACCGCCUAGUGAUAAAUUUCCUCGAACGCAGUUACUUUUAUCACUGAGCCAACUUAUAGAUGAAAAUUGUCCUGUCCGAUGGCCUGGUGCCUUAGCUUCCAAAUAUAGAGAUUAUAUUUUCACAAAAGAUGUUUAUUUAGAAGUAACUCCCAAGUCACCGAUGUUUGGACUUGAUUGUGAAAUGUGUCUGACAACAAACGGAUCCGAACUCGCGAGAAUUUGCAUCGUCAAUGAGAACAUGGAUGUUGUCUAUGAAACUCUGGUGAAGCCGGAAAAUAAAAUAACAAAUUAUUUAACUGAGUACAGUGGAAUAACAGAAAAACUACUGGGUAACGUCACGACAAAACUGUCAGAUGUCCAACAGAAAAUACGAGAAUUAUUACCACCGGAUGCUAUUCUUGUAGGGCAGAGUCUGUACGCUGAUCUCCAUGCUCUGCAAAUGUUGCACCCUUACAUUAUUGACACGUCAGUUAUUUAUAAUAUUACGGGUGACAGAUACAGGAAAUCAAAAUUACAAGUUUUGGCGCGGGAAUUUUUGAAUGAGAGGAUUCAAGAAAAUAAAGGCGGUCAUUGCCCGACUGAGGAUGCGCGCGCGACAUUGAAAUUGGCUAAAUUAAAAUUAGCUAAUAGUCUUAAUUUCGGCGACGCUGUUCUGAUUGGCCAGCAAAAUUUAGAGGAAAUUUUUAUAAAACAAAAAUUGGGGAACGCGGGGUUGCGCGACGAUCACAGUUUUGGUGUAACGAUUUUCAAACAUAUUGUUAAGGAUAAAAAGACCGUAUCGAUAGUCGGCACCAAUGAGGUAUUGAAUGAGUACUCGAAAUACCUGAAAACAUCUUCCCUGUCUGUUAUGGACGAUGCCAAUUUUAAUAAAGACGACCAGGUCAGACUAGUCGCGGGAAAUUCAAAUAAACAAGUAGUCGCUCGCGCCAGUGAAAUAGUUAUGGAGCAUGCGCUGACAAUUUGUCAUAUCAAAUUGAGCAAGGAAAAGGUAUCGGAUAAAAAUAUCGAAAAAACUUGUCGGAGUGUAAAUAAGUGGGUCGAAAAAAUAUGGCAGCAAAUGGCAGUCAAUGGAUUUGCUUGCGUUAUUUUCGGGGGAGAGAAAAAUGCAAAUGGCGCGUGUUUUUUAAAUUUAAAAAAAGAUGUAACGCCAUUACAUAUAUAAUUUAUUCUCUACUAUUAAAACAUCUUGCUCAGGCUGACAUGAAUCUCGAACGCGAAGAGAUAUCGAGGUCGACUACCAACUGACGCGCCUCAUAUUUUUUUAUUUAUAUUUUCCGAGCUAUGUACAAACGAAUCGUUUGUUGUCAAUAAACAUUUUAUACUUGA